AGAGAGGCGUAGGAAGAGCUGUCUGCGCUCUGAGGGCUUCCUGCGUCCUCUCUGCCCCUCUACCAAGGACAACGUAUCGCUUCUCAUCCUCUACACUUCCAUUCUCGUUCGAAUUCCUUCAAGAUCAGGCCCUAGAACCUCCAAGAUCGAAGCAAUUAGGGUGUUUAUUCGUUUCUUGGCCCAAUAAUCCUUCCGAAUCCAGCAUUUGAUGUGUUGGUCCGGAGAAUUCUAGGCUUGUUCCCUGAUCCAGAGCGUCGACUCUGCAUAAUUCGUGAAUCGGUGGGAGAAUAGGACUUUGAGAUCGGAAGAAUUGGGCUUUUGGUUAUAGCGACCAUGGAUUCUAGCAGAAGAGCUGUCGAAUCGUACUGGAGAUCUCGCAUGAUUGAUGCCGCAACCUCCGAUGAAGAUAAGGUCACUCCUGUCUACAAAUUAGAGGAAAUUUGUCAACUGCUCCGAUCUUCUCAUGUCAGUCUCGUGAAAGAAAUUUCUGAAUUCAUCUUAAAAAGGCUGGACCACAAGAGUCCAAUCGUCAAACAGAAGGCUCUGCGGCUGAUCAAAUAUGCAGUGGGAAAAUCUGGUGUGGAGUUCAGGAGGGAAAUGCAACGCCAUUCAGUGGCAGUUCGCCAGUUGUUUCAUUACAAGGGCCAGUUAGAUCCAUUGAAGGGAGAUGCGCUUAAUAAGGCUGUACGUGAUAUAGCUCAUGAGACGAUAUCAGCAAUUUUUGCCGAAGAGGAGAGCAAAUCGGCACCAGCAGAAGAUCUUAAUAAGCGAAUUCAAGGAUUUGGGAAUACGAACUUUGAGAUGCUGCCAGAAGAUAAGAAAUCGUUUCUUAGUGAGGUUGUUGGUCUUGGAAGUGCUUCUAUCAAACAGGGACUGACUAGCAUAACUGCAGCACAUUCCCUAAAGAAGAAUGACAAUGGGAGUUACAGGAGCCCAAAUCUACGCAGGUCAUUGACAACAGAACGUGAUGAUCCAGAUAAAUAUGAGAGAUUUGAACAAAGUGAAACUCGGGCUUCUUCUGGAAUCUCCAAAAAUCUAGGUGGUGGACCAUGGGGCCAGGAUUCAGGAGGAAACAUGAAGGAAACAACUAAUGGUAGUUCCAGCUCAAGUUAUUCGGGAAACAAGACUCGUGAGGAAAGGCUAUUAGAGACCAUUGUCACAUCUGGUGGUGUGCGCCUACAACCAACUCGUGAUGCGAUACAGACUUUUCUUGUGGAUGCCUCAAAGUUGGAUGCAAUGUCUUUGAGUCAUGCUCUUGAAUCAAAGCUUCAAUCUCCUGUGUGGCAGGUCCGUAUGAAGGCUGUCUGUGUCCUCGAGUCAGUUUUGAGGAAAAAGGAUGGAGCUCAAUUUUCAAAUCUAGCUAUUUAUUUUAGUGAAAACAAAGAUUCUGUGGUCAGAUGUUCUGAAUCUCCCCAAGCUUCUUUGAGGGAAAAGGCAAAUAAGGUCUUGAGCCUUCUGGAUGGAGAGCAGAAUGUCUUGGCUGAUCAUCUUCCAGAAAAGCCCUCAAGUGUGAAAGACGCUACUGUUGGUCAGAUGCCUGACUUAAUAGACACUGGUGACGUAGAUGAUUUUUAUGGAAAGGAUGAUUUUACAGAAAAGCAAAGUGAUCAAGGUGUUGCAGAUCUGAUGACAUCAACCAUCCUUGCAACUGAUGAUCUGUUUGGAGAUAGUCUGAUUGACGAAAGGUCCGGCCGACAAAAAAAUGAAGAGAACGACCCAUUUGCAGAUGUCUCAUUUCACACAGCUGAGGAUGGAGAGCAUGCCAGUGACCUAUUUUCAGGGUUGACUGUUGAUGACAAGCAGGUUAUCAAUGAUACUCAUUUUACAGUAAAUAAAAAUGGAUCAGAACUAUUGGAUAUUUUUGGUCCCAGUGCUGAAGAGCAGGAACCGGUAAGCCAUAAAAAAGAUGUCAAUGAUAUUUUGGCGGGUUUUUCUACUAGUAAUGGAAAUACCUCGGAUAACAAGCAACAGCGUAGAUUUUCUGAGGCACUCUCUGAUGCUGCUCUUUCAAAUCCAAGCAUCCAAUCAAGCAAUCCGUUGCCAAAUGAUGCUCUGAAUGGUUUAAUUGGGUCUCAAAUGGUUGGGAUGAGCCCAAAUGCUAUGUUUCCAUUGGGUCCUCUACAGUAUGGUAUGCCUCCAAACAUCAUGUUCAACCCAGCUUUUGCUUCACAGACAAUGAAUUAUGGUAUGAUGGGAAAUUAUAUUGCACAGCAGCAGCUUUUAGCAACAAUGUCUAACUUCCAACAGCUUGAAAAUCUGAGUGCUCGAGGAAAUGUUGCUCUUGGGCAUGUUCCUGGCAACAGUGGGGAAGGAGGGUACACUGUGGCCCUCCCUGAUAUUUUUCAUCCGAAUGUUCCAAUUCAACCUCAGAGUACAUUGAUGAACAACUCAAAGAAAGAAGAGACAAAAGCCUUUGAUUUCAUCUCGGAUCAUUUGUCAGCAGCUCGUGGUGGAAAGAGGGUACUUUAAAGAUCUAUACAACCAAAUGAUUGGCAGUUAAACAGGCCUUCUACCACAUGUUUAGCAGGUCUGAGGAGGCUGUAUUGUU